GACAAGUCUAUUAGAGAAUUUUCCAAUAGAGUAAACUCACAAGUCGCCUUUAUGGACGGUAACUCCAAAGAAGAAGAUUUUGUGUACGACAGUGAAAAUAGUGAAAACAUUGAAGAGGGCUCAGACUUUAGGCAAAGACAUCACAAUCAUUCAGGAAGGGACAGUGGAGCUAACAAAACAAUGUCUGGAGGUUAUAGCAGAAGUUAUGACCAAGAGGACAGACGAAAUUCUGACCGACUGGAAUGGAAUUAUCAUAGGGAAGAUGAGAGUACAGGUGUCCAAACAUUUGAGAGACUCUCUGGUAAUCAAGAAAUUCUCCAACUGGCUUCCCCUGUCAUACCUAUACAAGGGCGUGGACGCCAGCCUCCCCAAACCCAGAGGUCUGUCACGCCUGUCUCCAGAGAUCAGGCACACUCUGGUUACGAAGUCUUAACAUCAAAAGCAGAAACCAAAAGAAAAGAAAACAGUCGUACUGAAGACAGCGGUUGGUCAGAUAUAGAGAGAGAAUAUGUGCCAACCGGGUGUGAAAGAGCAGAGUCUGAUGGAAGUGUUAGUGACAUUGACCUUAUACCGAGCCAAGAGGAUGAAAUUUCUCUCAGGUUGACUGACCACAACAGUGUCAGAGAGGGUCUAGGCUCUGCUGGAGAUAAUGGCCUCCAGUCUCUCUCUCACAAAGGUAAGGCAUGGAACAGGUUGUAAUAUUGUCAUUGUUCUAGUACUUCUUGUAUUAGCUUAUUCAUAUAGCUAACUGUCGGGGGGUGGGGAGCAACAGAAAUUGGUUCCUAUUAUUCUGUUAGAGUCGUUUUUACAAGUGAACAGGGAGGAAUAGUUCCAAGGCCUGUUGGCAUUAUACAUCCCCAGACAACACUGAAGAAGAACCGUUCCUGAUAGAAG